AUGGCUAGUCUCCUCUCAGCUACCGAUUUUGGCGCUGUCUACGAGAGCAAGACCCAUCAGCUCGUCCUCACGGCUCAGGCCAAUGGUCUUAUCAUCAACGCCAAGUUCGCACGCCUCGAAUUCUUCGGUGGCCUCAAGUUCGCUCUGGAGGGUUUCUACGGAGGCCCGGGCCCUGUUGGACCGGAGGAUAUCACGCCUGUCACUACCCCUUUCCCCAUCAUCCUCCCUCUUCCUCACUUCAACAACAAGACUGUCCUGGUUGAAACCGCCGACGGCCCCAAGACCAUCGAAAUCAAGUACACUGGUCUCAAGGGUACUGCCCCGGCCGACUUGAGCAAGGACCUCAAGAUCCAAAACACCAACAUCGGCAGCGUGCUUACCCCCAUCAAUCUCCACCUCCCUGCCGAAGGCGAGACCUCAUUCACCGCCGUCAUCCCCAAGCCCGAGGGCGACUACCAAAUCUCCGUCGUGCCCUCUUUCAACGAGGACCUCCUGAGACUCGUCAACGCCACCGUUCGCAACGGCGUUGUCACCUACACCUUCCGCUGGGCCAAGACUCCCACUGGUGACCAGAACCCCCAGCUCAUCAACCUCACUACUAGCUACUACAACGGUAUCACUGGUCCUGCCGCCCACACCACCAGCAUCAUCCAGGGCUACCUUGUUCACCUCGUUGUGUUCCAGAAAUAG